UUAUAUACUUACAGGUACGAUACAAUACUUAGGUACAAAAUAAUUAAAUAUAAUAUAAGAUAGUUUAUAGGUGAGACACCUUUGUAAGAUUUUAGUUUAUUGUACAAUCUCAAAUGUAUGUACAAGAAGAAAAUCCUUUUUAAGGUUUUCUACUGUAGUAUGAUCAUGAUGAAAUCAACACCCAGACAAAAAAAGAAAAAAAAACUUUCCCUUGAGAAGGAGAGUUCCAAAACACAUUGUCUAAGCAUAUUAUGACAAAGAAAGGUCACUUGAGACAAUAAUAAAAGCUCUCUACUUUCUCCCUCCUACUGUUGGCCGACACAUAAUAAAGAGCAGCACAAAGGCCUCUGCUGGAUCUUGCUUUUGGACCAUCUGCAGGAAUUAAAGCAAGAAAUCAAGUGGUCUUUGCUCAUCUCCUUCGCAACUCUCUUUAAUGGAUUCUGCUCACUGGCCUCAGGUUGAAGUUAAGAACAUGGACUUAGAAGAAGAGGAGGGUAUAAAGGCAGUUGUGGAAAGAAAAGCAAAAGCUAGGAAAGAUCAAAUAUUGAACUGUCCAAGAUGCAAUUCCAACAACACAAAGUUCUGUUACUACAACAAUUACAGUCUCUCACAGCCAAGAUACUUCUGUAAGUCUUGUAGAAGAUAUUGGACAGCUGGUGGGUCUUUAAGGAACAUUCCAGUUGGUGGGGCAUCUAGGAAGAACAAGAGACCUUCAGCUAAUUUUUCAUUACCUCCUUCAAAGAACAAUCAAAAGAAUUAUAAUAAUGGUGGUGGUGGUGAUGACGAUCAGGGCAUUUCCCAAUUAAAUAUCAAUAUUACUUCUUGUUCUUCAACUGCCACCACUACUAAUACUGCUGCUACUUGUUGUUGGCUGUCAUCUGAUAAUGAUCAUAUGAAUAAUCAAAUAAUGCUGAGAAGUAAUGGCAUAAUGUCUCAAAGGGAGCUCAUUCCUUUUAUUCCUAUGCCUGCACCAGCUCCUCCACAGCCUACCGCUGUUUCUGUUGCUGCUUUGGAGGAUUUCAAACAACUUUCAACUAUCAUUUCUACCGAUCAAAAUGGAGCUAAAUUGGGGGAUGCUCCUGCUUUUUGGAAUGGCAUUUUUGGUGGAGGUUCAUGGUGAAACUUCUCCACACUAAUAAGCUACAGUACAGAAAUGAAAACCAAAACAAACAAAAGAUAAAUUAAGGGGUUUGAAUAUCGCUACCAUCUACGGAGAGCCGAGGUUACACAUAAUGGGUGAUAUUACCUUCCUAAGAGUCCUUAAUUGUCUCUUUUUAAUUAUGUGUUGCAUUUGUGUUUAGGGAUCAAACGUAUUUGUGAUCUGUGUAUAUACAUUGUUUUUACUAACUAGCUUCAAGAGAUUGUUGUACGAAAAUGGUCAAGGAUUGAAAAGAGAGAAAAAAAAAGAAACAAAGAAAUUAGAAAACAAAAGUCUUAUCCUUGUAAUUAAUAAUAAUCUACUUUCGAUGUCCACCUAUGGUAUAAUAUUAUGUGUGUCAAACGUUUUAUUUGGAGUCAUUUGUU